GCAUGGCCGCCGCCUCUGCCUUCUUGGCGUUCCAGGCACUGGAAAGCCGGGCCCGGGCUGGGGGCUCCAUGGGAUCCCUGAGGCUGCGGGGCCUGGACCCAGUCACCAUGGACAGCUUCUUCUUCGGUUGUGAGCUGUCCGGGCAGGCUAGGGCCUACACCUUCAAGGUAGAGGAGGAGGACAACACGGAGCAUGUGCUGGCAUUGACCAUGCUCUGCCUCACAGAAGAUGCUAAGGAAGAGUGCAAUGUCGUGGAGGUGGUGGCCCGAAACCAUGACAAUGAGGAAAUUGCUGUGCCACUGGCCAACCUGAAACUGUCCUGCCAGCCCAUGUGUCUAUGGAGGGCAGUGAAUUCUCAGAAGAGGAUGAGAGUGAAGACAGGGACCCAGAACUGCUGCCCAUUCUGCCUGCCAAGAAGCGGCAGGGGAGGCUAUAACUGGCCAAGGCCCACAGUUGUCUCUCCCUCCUACUCACAUGGUCCUGUUUCUCCUGGAUGUUUCAAAAAUGGUUUUUUAUGGUUUUCUUGAUUUAUCUGCAAGAGAAUAGGGACCAGAACAGCUCUUAGGAACAAAGAGAAGGAACCCAGGUGCCCUUUUAUACCCCCCAGCAGAAUGCCAUCCCGAGGUCCCAGUAUCAAUAUCCCAGUGGGAUAUUGUCCCAACACAAGCCCUAAUUCCUCUCUCCUCUCCUCCCCACCCCUCACCUCUUUGCUCCAGGUUUUUCUUACUUUCAUAUAGGGAGAAAGGUAUAACUGGGGGGUGGGGUGAGGCAAAGGGAAUGGAAGAACAAAGAUUUUUCCAUCCUCCUGAGUGGGGCAGAUGGACAGUGAAAUGAUUUUAUUCAGAAAUCUAAGUAUUUCCAGACAUUUUUACAUUUUUGGAAGAAGUUGAAAAUAAAGUGGUUUUUUUUUU